GGAAGGCGGAACCCAAGGGAACCCAGAGAUGGCUGGUGCAGGAGGUAUAUUCAGAGAUCAUAAUGGUUCUUGGAUCUAUGGUUACUCUAGAAGAGUUGGCUUUACCACUAGUCUUGCUGCUGAACUUUGGGCCAUUAGGGACGGUUUAGAUAUUGCUGUUAACAGAGGAAUUUCCAAACUUAUUUUGGAAACAGAUUCCAAAGUUGCAGAAACUCUUCUUAAAUCUGCAAACCAUAACUUCCACUCACUUGGUGUGCUUAUUCGUGACUGCAGGCGUCUCAUGCAAGAGGUUUUUCAAGGGUUCUUUUCUGAGGAUAAAGAAAGAAUCGUCAAGAUCAUGGAACGAGUAACCUCCUCUGGGUUCAGUAAAGUUGCUAAACUAAUGGAAACCCUACUUGAUUCUUCUGUCAAAGAAGACGCCAUGGGAAAAAGGGGACAAUCUCUCGAUGUCCCUGUUUCUGCAUUCCCUUUCGUAGGGCUGGAAGGAAACAAAUCUGAGUUAUACGAGUUUCUGGGUAUCACCGAGGAAGACGUAGAGAACCUACCUUACUUUAUUGAGAAAGUCCGAGAGGAAGGAGUGAGUAAAGCUCGAGAAUUCGUCAAUGGCGGUCACCCUUUUGCUCAAUUUCAGUGGGUCAAGAAAGCUGUUGACUUGAUGGGUCUUAAUAUGAUGGAUGUUCAUGGCGGCCUUGCCCUAGUUGAUUACUUGAAGGAGGCCAAUCGGGAAUUCAUGAAGAAACAGAAAUUGUGUUCUGUUUACUACCCAACUGUUCCAGCAUUCCCAAUUCUGGGUUUUUUCAUUCCCAAGAAAUGGAGAUCUAAAGGAGCGAAACCCUUGAUAAUCACUACUGGCAGUGGUUUUCUCAGUAAAUUUGGAGCCCCUGUUAAAGAUUUUGAAACGAGAUUCUUUGAUGCUAAACUAGUGGAACGUAGGGGGAACAAGAGUCAGAAACGUUGCCGUGAAAGUGAAGAAAGUGAAAAGGAAAAGCUGAAUAAACCAAAGAGACAGAGGGAUGGAAAGAUACAGAAUAAUAGAGUAAUGGCUCAACUUGCUGAAUGGGGUUUGCUGCCUCCACCAAACAUGCCAACUGAAUUCAAGAAUUUGAUUGAAGAGAUGGGUGAGAAUCAAGUGAUGGUAGAUUUUCUUACAGAGGAGGAAGAAAGGAAACUGGAUGAGAAAGGGCUGAAUGUUGAGCUGAUAGAACCGUGUCUGAAGAAGUCAACAAUCCACCUAACCAAGUGGAACAUGAAAAAUUCUAGAGUGUUUGUGUUUAACGAGCAGUGGAAUUCAGUGGUAAAUGGAAAUCAAAGCACCCUGAAGAAGAAUAUAGUGGUUCAGAUUUGGUCAUUCCGAACAGCUCCCAACUCAAAGCUCUGUUUUGCCAUGGUUAAGGUUAAGGAUGGAGAUGAUUAUUAAGGUUCUUAGAGAUUACAUAUACCGAGAAGUGGGAACUUUUUUGGUAAUUUUCAUUAUUAAAAGAGUCAGUUAUGGUAACCCUUUACAUUAUUAAGGUCAGAUUAUUUGGAGGGAAACAUUUUUUUUUUUUUGGUGGGGGGGACAAUUUUUUUAGUCU